AUGGACGAUCUUGCACGCGAAACGAAAGAACUGUGGGCUAUUUACGCCUGGUGGUCGUGCGUCCUAAUAUUGAAGAUGAACGCUCUAACGUGGUUCACCGGGCGGAUUCGAGUAACUAGACAGGUGAUCCACAGCGAGGAGGACAGAAUGUGGAUGAAAGGUCCUGACAUAAUUUUCUGUCCGACCGGAGGCGGCCACGAGGACGUAGAUCGCAUUCGAAGCGCGCAUCGGCACGAUCUUGGAUCCGUGCUCCCUUUCUUGCUAAUCGCGCCGCUAUGGUUGUCUGCGUCGCCGUUGUAUCCCGUGGCCAGAUCGAUUCUUCCUUGCUUCGCGACAGUCAAUCUAUCGUACACCCUGGUGCACAUGGAAAUCGUCAACGUUCACCGUCGUUGCACAACUAUUCUCUCCGCCGUUGAACUUUGCAUCUUGGUCUGCAUGUCCGCCAUGUCGGUGCUCCAUCACGCGAACGCACUGUGGCUCGAAGAACCUUCUCGUCAUUCUGGUUAA